GACAAUUUGCACCUUCAAACCAUACCAGAAAAUGCAUUUCUAGGCAUGAACAAUGAAUCUCUAACACUGAAGCUGUACAAAAAUGGAUUUGAAAAUGUGCAAAGCCAUGCAUUCAAUGCAACGAAGCUGGAUAAGUUGGAACUUAAUGAUAAUAAAAAUUUAAGGACAAUACACAAUGAUGCUUUUAGAGGAGCUAUUGGACCAGACGUAUUGGAUGUUUCCUCAACAGCACUUGAGCACUUUCCAUCUUAUGGAUUGGAAUUUAUUCAUAAGCUUACUGCACGUUUCACAUACUCACUGAAAAGGUUCCCAUCACUGGAAAAGUUUGCUAAUUUGAUGGAAGCAAAUUUGACAUAUCCCAGUCACUGCUGUGCAUUCAAAAAUUGGAAAAAAUCAAAUGGUGCCUUGAUCUCAGCUGGAGAGACAUCAUGGGACUUGUCAGACGCUGAAUGCAUCUACCACCAUCACAAUUUGGACAGAAGAGUAGACCUCAUCUGUACUCCAGAACCAGAUGCCUUCAAUCCAUGUGAAGAUAUAAUGGGAUACAACAUUCUAAGAGUUCUUAUAUGGUUCAUUAACAUUCUUGCUAUUGUGGGUAACUUUGUUGUUUUUAUUGUUUUGGUGAUUAGUCAGAAUAAGCUUACAGUCCCACGUUUCCUCAUGUGCAAUCUUGCUUUUGCCGAUCUCUGUAUGGGUCUCUAUUUGCUACUUAUUGCGUCCGUUGAUUUGAGUACCAAAAGUCAAUAUUACAACUACGCUAUAGACUGGCAGACUGGAGCUGGGUGUGCCAGUGCUGGCUUCUUUACUGUUUUUGCAAGUGAGCUCUCUGUGUACACACUGAUGGUGAUUACCUUUGAAAGAUGGCACACAAUUACACAUGCCAUGCAGAUGGACAGGAAGCUCCGUUUAAGGCAUGCUGUACUGAUUAUGUUCGGAGGCUGGGUAUUCUCUCUUAGUGUCGCAACACUACCACUUGUAGGAAUCAGCAAUUACAUGAAAGUUAGCAUCUGUUUGCCCAUGGAUAUAGAAACUCCUGUUUCCCAGGCUUAUGUUAUAUUCCUAUUGGUACUGAAUGUUAUUGCCUUUGUUAUAAUUUGUGUCUGCUAUAUCAAAAUAUAUUUAGCUGUGAAAAACCCUGACUUUGUUUCCAAAAAUAGUGAUACAAAGAUUGCCAAACGAAUGGCUAUACUAAUAUUUACAGACUUUAUGUGUAUGGCUCCAAUAUCAUUUUUUGCUAUUUCAGCAGCUUUUAAGUCACCCUUCAUUACAGUGACUAAUGCUAAAAUUUUGCUAGUAUUGUUUUAUCCACUCAACUCUUGUGCAAAUCCAUUUCUCUAUGCAAUCUUCACGAAAGCAUUCAGAAGGGACUUCUUCAUCCUGUUGAGCAGGUUUGGUUACUGUGAAAUGCAGGCACAAAUUUAUAAAACUGACUACUCAAGCUCCAAGAGUGCCACCAGGGAAAACUCAGGUGCAGCUGUCAAGCUAGCAACAUUCAGUACGCAGGAUUUGCCAGCCAAUGCAACUGCUGAAUUUUGUUGUAAAGAAUGCUGA